AUGUCUGGUUCUGAUCUGGAGGCUGAAGAUGCCACUUACGAAUAUGACUUCAAGCAGUUUUCAGCUCCAAAACACAUUGAGCUUGAAACCAAAUUUGCUUCCAAAGUCAAUGAAAACUUCAUCGCAACAGAAAUUUCAAGCCACCAGGCUGCUUCAAUCCGAAACAUCCACCAAAAAGAAGAUGCCAACCGUAUGCGCAUCAAAGACAAAAGUGACCGAGCAACUGUCGAGCUGGUUCUAGAUAACCGAACUCGGCUAUUUUUAUACAGCUUUAUUAACUCAGGCAAGAUUUCAGAAAUUUUUGGCUGUGUAAGUGCAGGAAAAGAAGCAAACGUGUAUUAUGCGACUGACACAAGCAUGAAUGAAUUUGCAAUCAAGAUCUACAAGACAUCGAUUUUGAUUUUUAAGGAUAGAAACAGAUAUGUGGAAGGAGAAUUCAGGUUUAGAAAAGGAUACUCAAAGCAUAAUCCAAGGAAAAUGGUCAGGAUGUGGGCAGAAAAAGAGAUGAGAAAUUUAAGAAGGCUGAGAUUGGCUGGAAUACCAUGUCCAGAACCAAUCGCUGUCAAGCAAAAUGUGCUACUUAUGAGCUUUUUGGGGAAAGAUGGAGUGCCAGCUCCAAGGCUGAAAGAUGUGGUGUUCGAAACAAAUACAAAUGACUUUUAUGUAGAGACUGUAAAACUGAUGAGGGAUAUUUAUCAUAAAUGCCAUUUGGUGCACUCAGAUUUUAGUGAGUAUAACUUAUUAUACUACAAUGAUCAAAUACAAGUUAUUGAUGUUUCACAGUCAGUGGAGCAUGAUCAUCCUCAGGCACUUUAUUUUUUGAGAAGGGAUUGUGCAAAUAUCAAUGAUUUCUUCAAGAAAAAUGGCGCCACAUUGCUUACUGUUCAAGGGAUGUUCAACUAUAUAACUGAUUUAACUGAUAUGACUCAUGAAGAGAGAUGGGAAAAAGCUAAAAAUACUGAAGAAAUAUCAGAUGAGGUUUUUAAAGAAAUUUAUAUUCCAAGGACACUGCAAGAAAUUGAUUUUGACCAAAAAAAUCCAGAGCUUUUUGAAAAAUUAACAGGGGUCAAGGCAGACUCUGAUACUGACGAAUCUGAUUCUAGUGAUGAAGACAGCCAAGAGGAAGGAGAAGAGGAAGAAAAUGAAGAGGAGGAAAAUGAAGAGGAGCCUGAAGAGUCAGGACAAAAGAAAAGUACUCCAGGUGACGCAAUCUACUCUGGACUUAGCAAAGCUGAGCGCAAACAAAAGGUUAAAGAAGACAAAAGAGACCGCAGAAAAACAAAAAUUCCUAAAAACGUCAAAAAAUCAAAAAUUCGAAGCACAGCCAGAAAGCAUCGUAAUUUGAAGUAA